CUUUUAACAGCGCAUGCGUGCAGCGUUGCCUCGCCCAAAGAAGACUACAAUCUCCAGGGAAACCUGGGGCAUCUCGCGCAAACGUCCACAACUGAAAGUGGCUAAGGCAUCCCAGCCGGAGGAAGUGAGCUCUCCUGGGGUGUGGUUGUUCGUGAUCCUUGCAUCUGUUACUUAGGGUCAAGGCUUGGGUCUUGCCCCACAGACCCUUGGGACGACCUGGCCCCAGUGCAGCUAUGAACCUGGAGCGAGUGUCCAAUGAGGAGAAGUUGAACCUGUGCCGGAAGUACUACCUGGGGGGGUUUGCUUUCCUGCCUUUUCUCUGGUUGGUCAACAUCUUCUGGUUCUUCCGAGAGGCCUUCCUUGUCCCAGCCUACACAGAACAGAGCCAAAUCAAAGGCUAUGUCUGGCGCUCAGCUGUGGGCUUCCUCUUCUGGGUGAUAGUGCUCACCUCCUGGAUCACCAUCUUCCAGAUCUACCGGCCCCGCUGGGGUGCCCUUGGGGACUACCUCUCCUUCACCAUACCCCUGGGCACCCCCUGACAACUUAUGCACAGACUGGGGCCCUGCUCAUUCUCCCAGGACAGGCUCCUUAGAGCAGAGGAGCCUGUCCCGGGAGCCCCUUCUCAAACUCCUAAGACUUGCUUUCAUGUCCCACGUUCUCUGCUGACAUCCCCCAAUAAAGGACCCUAACUUUC